UAUGAAUUUGAAACAGAUUUUGUUGCAAAGCAUGUGAUGGAUGGUGCGGUGUAUAGCCAACAACUGGCUGAUUCAAGUGGUGACGAGCCUGAGUAUACAGAUAUUAAGAGAAUUGGUGUGAGUUCAGACGCGCCCAUAACUAUUAAUAACUCAACAAAAGUUAUAUCUCCCGACAUAACCACCGAGAAUGGUGUCAUUCAUGUCAUUGAUAGGGCGCUAUCAGACAAAAUUAAUAUAACCGACAAAUCGCAGAAAUUAUCGAAUGAAGAGUCGGACAGAAAUGCCAAACAGUCGUCGAUAUCUCGUUCGGCGCAGAGCUUAGGGAUCAGAAGAUUCACGAAUUGGCUCAACAAGAGUGGACUACUGGAUGAGCUCACGAGAGAUGGUCGCGACUACACUGUCAUUGUGCCCACAGAUAGGGCUGUCGGCAAAUUGCCCCUAAAAAUACAGUCCAUUCUAAACAGCGAGCCCUCUAGACUAACAAAUCUCUUGGAAUACCAUAUAAUUCCCGGUUUUGUGGACACGAAAGGACUAAAAGACAAUGAGAUGUUGACCACAAUUAAUAGCAAACAGAUUCGCUUCAAUAGAUUAGAUAACGGAAGGGUUGAGACGCUGUCGGGGGCGCCCAUUAACAGGCAAUCGACUAAUAAGAAUCUAUUGAUCAUAGCCGUGGACAGUGUCUUGUAUCCACCGCAGGGAACGGUAGGGGAUUUGAUUAAAAAGUCACCGUUUCUUAAGACAUUGAAUGAGAUCAUCAAAAACGCACAAAUGGAGGACGAGUUGAGGAACAGUUCAGACAUUACUUUAUUUGCGCCCAAAGACGAGGCCCUCAAACAACUCUCACCAGAAAUACUCGAACGCCUGAAAACCGAUCAAAACUAUAGCAGAGAAGUGGAACAGAAGCCAUAUUCGCCCACUUCUUGGACUCAUCAGCAAAACAUAUCGCAUACUCCGGCGCAGACUUAUCCUCGACAACCAGCCAGACAACAGCUAAAUUGGUGGGACUCUCGCUACGAGCCUGAAGUGUAUUCAAUGGCAGGAUACGCACCACCAUCUCCGCAACAACAGCCCAGUCCUCAGACUAGAGAUCAGGACCCGAGAAGUCCUUUCCAAUCGGCGCAGACCAGAGCUGAUAGGCAACGGAACUACAGGCCUGGAGUCGUAUACGUCGACCAAAGUGUGCCCCAGUUUUAUAGACCUCCUGUGAAGGACGGUUCGGGUCGACCUUAUUAUCGGCCACCAAAUGAUACCAAAUCGGGUUCAUAUCCACAGUCUUCCAGAGCUGGAGCGCCAAGAGCUCAGAGACCGUCGAGUGAUGUGUAUUCCAGACCUGAAUAUAUUGACAGAUCAUACGUUCCUUCCUAUGAUCCUUACGGAAGACCAACGAUGGUUGUGGGCGAGUAUCCAUAUACUCAUAUGGAUCAGCCAUACUCUCCAAUGGAUCAGUUCAGACCUCGAGAUCCAUACCAAAGACCUCAACGAUUUGAUCCGUUUGACAGACGUAGGCCUGGUAGCGAUACAAAGACCUCGUCGUCUACUUAUGAUAGUAUUAGGAGAAGAGGUGAUCAGCGGUCCGGUAGACCAGAUGAGGAGAAACCGCAAUCAAAACCUGAUUUGAAAACUAUUAGUGAAAUCAUUGAAUCGCCAGACCUUAUGGUCGGAGGAAAAUUCAAAACCUUCAAUACAUUAAAGGAGUUGAUCACCGAUUCCGGGCUCUGGGAGGCGUUGAAUAGACCGACAACUUUCAUAACCAUAUUCAUGCCAACAGACGACGCGUUCGCCGCCAUCACCGAUGGAUCGGUGGAGGAAAUGAAGAGAAAUCCUAAACUCGUCAGAGAUUUUCUGACGCAACAUAUACUCGGGUAUAGCCUUCCGCCGCAGAAUCUCAAGAAUAAUAUGAAAGUCAAGUCGUUGAAUGGCGAGAUGCAUAUGAUUAAUGUGAUCGAUGGUGGAAAGAUUUUAGUCGAUGGCAAUGAAGUGAUCGCCGCGACGGCCGCCAAGAAUGGCAACGUCUAUGUAAUGGACAAAAUGCUGGACAGAAGUGGUCGCAGAUCCCGAUCCAUCGCUGAUGAGCUGAGAAAGAGAUCAGAUUUGAGUACAUUCUCGAGUUUAAUGCAAAGGAGCGAUCUUAAUAGCAAGCUAUCCAGAGAAUCGGGACCCUUUACUGUAUUGGUACCGAAUAAUGAAGCCCUCAAUAAAAUGAAUUUAAGGGAAUUGAUUAGAAGUCAAAAGGAUUUAAAUGAUUUUGUUGCAAAGCAUGUGAUGGAUGGUGCGGUGUAUAGCCAACAACUGGCUGAUUCAAGUGGUAACGAGCCUGAGUAUACAGAUAUUAAGAGAAUUGGCGUGAGUUCAGGUAAACAGCAAGAUAAUAUUGUGUACUUGACUAUAAUGUGA